AUGCAGGCGCCAACGCUAACCAGUAAGCUGUGCGACGUCUCCGCGUCCGCGCACGCUGCUAAUGAGGAAGAACUCCUCUGUGGUUCGAAACUAGUAAAGCUUUUCUCAAUAUAUACACAAUCAAGAAAACUCUUUGGCGGGUACAGAAUAACGCCAACAUAUUGCAAGGCAUCACGCGCAGCCAAAUACAACAGAGGAAACACUAUCUGCAUGUUCAACCAUGAAUGCUACCAACGCGGUGGCGAAGUCGUUGGAGCUUGCAUGGACGGCUUUCUCUUCGGAGCCUGCUGCCAAUUGAAAUCAGACAGCCAAUCCCAUAUUCCUAAAGGUCCAGGCAUCGUCAUGACCAGUUACCUUGACUACCCAGAGGCUACUGAAGGAGACGAUUAUGAUGCAGAAGAAUUGAGUGCUCUUCAUAACAGUUUCAAACCUGUUGUCACACCAGGCUACAGGCCAGCUGACAAAACUGCAGCUACUACCCUAAAACCAGAGGAUUUAAGUACUGAAGCUGAACAUGAACUAAUUUCUGAAGGUCUUACUCAAAUUACUAAUACGUUACUAAGCUCUCCUCCUAAGGAUAGUAAUGGCAUUAUCUAUAUGAAACCUAAACCUGAUUAUUACACUCAUAGCAGUAUAGACCAUGGAGGUCCUGAUACAAUUCUGGUACACACUAACGGUUCUGUAGUUGAUAACGUUGUAAGGCCUUCAGAUUUUAAUAUACAAUUGUCGUCAAUGCAGACGAAACCGACUGUGACACCAAGUACUUCGACAACGGAGCCUCAAAAAACAAUGUCUACGCACAGACCUGUUAAACCGAUCUUUAGGCCAAAACCUGUAACUUCAACAGAGAAGUAUGUUCCUGUGUCAACAAUCACCACUAAAAAUACGCAGAGAGUUCCGGAGCUAUCGUCUAUUAAUAGUAUAAUUCAAAUGCUCAAUGAUAGUACGCCAAGCAUGAAAGAAGAUGUGACGCCAUCUAUUGACAUUAUAGAGACAAAAUCAUCUCCAUCUCCAUCAUAUUCCUACACGUAUCCAAGUUUCUCAUCAACUGGACAUUACGUCACUCUCAAACCAACUUCUCUAUCAACGUAUAUAACUAAAAAACCAACAAUGCCAAGCAAGAAGCCGUCCUAUGAUUAUAUACAUACGACUCCGAACAGCUUGCCGCAAGAUGAUAAGCCGACGUCUUACUAUUCCUCACCUAGUCCUAGUCAUUCCACUAGUCAAGCCAUUGAAGCUUUUAACAGAUAUCCCACAGAUCCAACAGAUUUUGGAGAUCUUUCGACUUUCAGCUAUGUCAGUUCUACAACUACUCAAAGACCAACAACAAGCAAAAAGCCUCCAUCCACUAGCUAUGUCACUGGUGCCAGCCCCAUUAGAAGACCAGCGGUACCAUCGAACGUGGUGACUUAUGACGCAGUAGAUACUUUCUCAAGCGUAACACCAACUGUCAUAGUCCUUAAUGACAUACACACCACCAAAACGCCUUUAGACGCAGACGAACCACAAUUCGUUGAAAUAUCUCAAGAGCCAUUUAAGAAACCUGUAAGUCAUAUUACCGUAAACAAUCAUAUCGCAGCUACUAACAAUAUUUAUAUGGGCAAGCCACCAACUUCAUCGUCCCCUACAGUUGUUAUAACUCCAAAACCAGGAUUGACUACACCUUACCCAAUAAAGGGAUCAAUAGUGACCAGACCACUUCCAAUUGUGACGAGCCCAGCUAUGGACUAUACGGAAGCACCAACGACGAAUAAGCCAGAGAUGCAAACAUCGCCAGAUGACUUAAUCAACUUCCCACCAGUCAGAAAUCCAAUGCUCAAUGCUACUGGAUCAAACCCAGCUCUAUACAACACAAGUAUUUCACUAUCAGAUAACGAAUUAGAUAUUCUACACGACGUAGAAUUCACAACACCAACGUGGCAGAUGGACGAUAAACUGAACGAGAAAAUGAAUGUUUUCGUAAACAAAAUCGUUGGUAAUCUCCAAGGAACGUUCCAAGAGUUACAUGAUAUAGUAAUUCUUGGAAGAAAACCUAACGAUACGGCUGUAAAAACGACGACCGUAAAGCCGAAACGGACUCCACCGACGACAAAGCGGCCAUUUUUGACGACAACGAAAAGGCCGGUUAGAUUGACGACUACAAAAGUCACGACACGACGGCCGACGGUGAAGACAACUAAGAAGCCGGUGCGGCUAACGACGCAGUAUCGACGGCCUACCACGACCCAGCCGCCGACCACUACCGCCCCGCCUACGAAGAAACCGGUGACUACCACGAAGAAGCCGAAACCGACCAAGAAAGUGACGACGACCACCCAAGCCGCGACCACCACCACGGAACUGGCUGAUGAAGUGACGACGGAGAAUUAUGUCGAACGACCUAUAGAUUAUAAUGACAAGAACUUGUGCGGCGUCCGUCCACUUGCAAAAACAGGGCGUAUUGUCGGUGGUAAGAGCGCUAACUUUGGCGAGUGGCCCUGGCAGGUCCUGGUGAGGGAAUCCACCUGGCUCGGUCUCUUUACCAAGAACAAGUGUGGAGGAGUCCUCAUCACCAACAGAUUCGUCACCACCGCCGCCCAUUGUCAACCUGGAUUCCUUGCCUCCCUAGUAGCAGUGUUUGGAGAAAAUGACAUUUCAGGAGACUUUGAACCCAAGAAACCAGUGUCGAGAAACGUCAGGAAAGUCAUAGUCCACCGGUCUUAUGAUGCUGCUACCUUCGAAAAUGAUCUCGCAUUAUUGGAGCUGGAGUCACCUAUUAAGUUUGACGCUCAUAUCGUUCCAAUCUGCAUGCCACCGGACGAGGCUGACUUCACGGGUCGUGUGGCAACCGUCACCGGUUGGGGACGGCUUAAGUACGGCGGUUCAGUGCCGGCCAUACUCCAAGAAGUUCAGGUACCAGUUAUAGAGAACAGUGCAUGCCAGGACAUGUUCCAGACAGCUGGUCACUCUAAGAAGAUUCUGAACUCUUUCAUUUGCGCUGGAUACGCUAAUGGACAGAAGGAUUCAUGUGAAGGUGACAGCGGUGGUCCAUUAGUUCUUCAGCGUGAUGAUGGGAAAUGGCAGCUCGUUGGAACUGUCUCCCACGGAAUCAAAUGUGCAGCACCAUUCCUUCCUGGUGUUUACAUGAGAACCACGUACUACAAACCAUGGCUAAAGAGCAUCACAGGAGUCCAUUGA